AUGUCUGAAGUAGGCGAAAUUAACUCUCUAGCUUGGGAUAAAUUGAUAGAAGAAGUUAAUUGGUUGCGAGAAGCUUAUACUCAUAAAUGUUCCGAGGUUGGAUAUCUUAGUGGAGUAGCAGAUCGUAUGAAAUGGUUACGUGACCAAAGCCGUGAACAAAUUACGUCGUUAAAAGUUCAAAAUGAGCAUUUAAAGGAAGAACUAGAAGAGUGUGAGUAUCUUCGUAAAAAGUUGAUUGAGCAAAUUAAUGUUGAACCAAAGGCUACCAAAAAGAGUUUCAGAACUUUUCCACAUGGCAAAUCAAAUAACUCAGUAGAACAAUCACCAUCAAUAUCCACCAGUUCAGUUUGGUUUG